UCCAACACUCUGCUCCCCUCUUAAGACCUCGGCGGCGGCCACCAUCCAAAAGAAGAAGCAGAAACAAUGGGAGGUCGAAGAGGGUCUCGUACUCAAAGAAAACAUUUCAAAGAAAGCAGAGAAAAUGUUUGGAAACGACCGAAAACUGAUUCUUCAUCUGACCCGAAUAACCCCAGCUCAAAUAAUACAGCUUGGCAGCCUUUUGCCACCCAAAACCCUUCCUUUGAUGAAUAUUACAAAGAACAAGGGCUUGUUUUACCUGAAGAAUGGGAUGCUUUCAUGGAAAUGCUUAGAAAACCAUUGCCUGCUGCUUUCCGAAUUAAUUCCACUAGCCAAUUUUGUGAGGAUAUUCGUUUGCUAUUAGAGAAUGACUUUAUGAAAUCUCUUCAAGCUGAAGCUAAUGAAGGGAGUGAUUUGGAGCCUAUCAAACCGUUGCCUUGGUACCCUGAUAAUCUUGGGUGGCAAUCGAAUUUUUCACGCAUGCAGAUAAGGAAAAACCAAACUCUUGAGAGGUUUCAUGAGUUUUUGAAACUUGAAACCGAAAUUGGAAACAUCAGUAGACAAGAGGCUGUCAGCAUGGUGCCUCCUCUCUUCCUUGAUGUACAUCCAGAUCAUUUUGUACUUGAUAUGUGUGCAGCACCUGGUUCGAAAACUUUUCAGUUGCUGGAGAUUAUACACCACUCAACCAAAGAAGGAUCUCUACCUGAUGGCAUGGUUCUAGCAAAUGAUCUUGAUGUACAAAGAUGUAACCUUCUCAUCCACCAAACAAAAAGAAUGUGCACCGCUAACCUGAUAGUCACAAAUCAUGAGGGUCAACACUUCCCUGGCUGCCGUUCCCACAAAAAUAUCUCAAAUGGUUCAGAAACUAUGAAUAAGUUGGAGCCGAGCAUUAAUCAACUUCUCUUUGACCGUGUAUUAUGUGAUGUUCCCUGCAGUGGCGAUGGCACUCUUCGCAAGGCUCCUGAUAUCUGGCGUAAAUGGAACGGAGGAAUGGGCAAUGGACUUCAUUGCCUACAGAUUCACAUUGCCAUGCGAGGUCUAUCUCUGUUAAAAGUUGGUGGAAGAAUGGUUUACUCAACCUGCUCAAUGAAUCCAGUUGAAAAUGAAGCUGUGGUUGCUGAGAUUUUAAGGAGAUGUGGAGGGUCUGUUGAACUGGUUGAUGUCUCAAAUGAGCUGCCUCAAUUAAUUCGUCGCCCAGGUCUUAGAAAGUGGAAGGUACGUGAUAAGGGAGUCUGGUUAGCAUCAUAUCAGGAUGUUCGCAAGUUCCACAGAAAUGGGAUUGUUCCCAGCAUGUUCCCUUCUGGCAGAAAUUAUAUGGAUCCAACCGACAAUAGCCAGAAGAGUGAGAAUGUUGAGAAUGGAAAUUCUGAAGAUGUUGCCCAGCCUGAUGAUCCUGUUUCUUCUUUGGAUAAUUUGGAGGAAGAAGUUUCUGAUCUCCCACUAGAAUGCUGCAUGAGGAUAGUGCCUCAUGAUCAGAACACAGGAGCCUUUUUCAUUGCUGUUCUCCACAAAGUAUCUCCUUUGGCAGCAAUUCAGGACAAGUCUGUUAGUUCACAACGGAAUUUGUCAACUAAAAAUGAUGAACUGCAUGAAAACUUGUCAGAUCAAGUUGCUGAAGAAAUAAAUGGAUUAGAAAGUAGUUCUGCAGAUGGGACAGAUGAAAAGGUCGUGGAAGUAGCUUCAGAGGCAGAUGGAAAGAUUUCAGAAGUGGCUUCAGAGGCUGAUGAAAAGAUCUCCAAAGUGACUUCAGAGGCUGAAGAAAAGAUCUCAGAAGUGGCUUUAGAGACCAAGUUGGUUGAUGAUGGGCCAGAUGGAGUUGCUCUGGAGACCAAUUCUGUGGCAGCUCAGCCACCUGCUGAUAAGAAAAUUGAUUCUGCAAAAGCUGGAGAGAAGAGAAAGUUGCAGAGUCAGGGCAAGUGGAGAGGAGUUGAUCCUGUUCUUUUCUUCAAUGAUGAAGCUAUAAUAAACAGCAUUAAGACAUUUUAUGGUAUUGAUGAAUCCUUCCCAUUUAGUGGCCACCUUGUUUGUAGAAACAGCGAAACUAACCAUGUGAAGAGAAUUUAUUAUGUUUCAAAGUCAGUUAAGGAUGUUUUGGAACUGAAUUUUCAAGUGGGACAGCAACUGAAGAUAACUUCCGUUGGUCUGAAGAUAUUUGAGCGUCAAUCAUCUAAAGAAGGUACCUCUGCACCAUGUGCAUUCCGGAUAUCAUCAGAAGGGUUGCCGGUGAUUCUCCCAUACGUUACCAAACAAAUCCUACAUGCUUCCCCAGCAGAUUUCAAGCAUCUUUUGCAAUAUAAAACAAUCAAAUUUGCAGACUUUGUUGAUGCUGAGUUUGGUCGGAAGGCAGCAAACCUGAUGUUAGGCUGCUGUGUGAUUGUUUUGAGAGAAGGUGGCAAAACCUCAUCAGAUUGUGUCCAACCGGACGCAUCAACAAUAGCCAUUGGCUGCUGGAAGGGUAGGGCAAGUGUGAGUGUGAUGGUUUCAGCAAUUGACUGCCAGGAACUGCUAGAAAGGCUUUCAGCACGCAUGGAGACUGAAAAGGGAACUUUGGCACAAGAAAUCCCUGGCGAGCCAGAUGAAAAGCAGGACAUGAGUGGUGAAAACAUAAACCUCAAUGGAGGAACACAAUGUUGAGGCAGAGAAAAUACAGGAUAUGGAUGGUACUGAAAAGGACACUGAAAUUGAAGUACCAGCUGAUAGAUGAAACACUAGAAAUUUUUGAGUAUUUUAGAGAUCCUAUUUGUACUCUUAAGCACUUUGAAAGCCUUUAAAGUGCUGACUGAUAGGUUGAACACAACAGAGUUUUGAGCGUUUAGUGAUCCUAUAUGUAUUCUUGAGCAAUUUGAAGGUCUAAUUAUUGUCACCAUGGGUAUAAUGGAUUAUCAUAUUUUUAACAAUAACCGGUUCAUUUUACGAAGGUUGUCAAUCUGUAUUGAUGUAA